AUGGAUGAUGAACAAGCAACAACUUCAACAUCUGAUACAACAAAUAAAACCGCUUUAGAAGUAGAUUUACGAACUAAAAAAGCGUACCAAUUCAAAACAAGUGUUCUCGAACGUUUACGUGAACAACGAAAUUCACGAGAAUUUUGUGAUCUAGUUCUUUGUGCAGAAAAUGAAAAAUUCAAUGUACAUAAAUGUGUACUCGUUGCUAGUUCAGAUUAUUUCGAGGCAAUGAUUAGUCGGAGUGGAAUGCAAGAAGCCACGGCUGAUACAAUUGAAUUGAAGGAUAUUACAGCAAAUGGACUACGAGCAGUACUAGAUUUCAUUUACACUGGUGAAUUAUCUUUAAGUAUAGAAAAUAUCGCUGAAGUUCUUCGUGCGGUCACACAUCUACAAGUGCAUCAUGCAAUAAAACUUUGUGAAGAUUUUCUCAUUGAAGAAACAACAGUGGAAAAUUGCAUCGAUGUUCUCAGCUUAGCUGAUUUAUUCUCAAUACCUGUUUUAGAAAAGAUUAACAAAUUCGUCUUACGAAAUUUUUCGAAAGUCGCACUCAACGAAGGUUUCAAACGAGUUACAUACGAACAGAUACUCUACUUAAUUCGUUCGAACGAAUUUCGUCUUUAUCCCGAAAUUAAAGUCUUCGAUAUGUGCGUCGAAUGGCUGAAAUUCGAUGAAGAACAUCGAAUGCUGUAUGCCAGCUCAUUAAUGGAACAUGUACGUUUUCAAACAAUGAAACCCGAAGAAUUUCAUGAUUUAGUCAUGUCACAUGACUUCAUGAAAACUGAUCCGGAGUGUAUUCGUUAUGCUUUCGAAGCGUACGCUUAUUUUGCAUUACCAAACCGACAAUAUUGUUCAACUUCGCCACGAAGUAAAAUACGCAAUGAAGCCAGUCUUGUCUGUGUCAAUGAGUCGAUGUACAUAUUGAAUAAACACGAUGAUGUUUGGGAAUAUAUGUGUAAUUCGUUAGCAACAUGGCGAACUUUAUCGCAGAAGUUUGUCGUUGUCAACAAUUUUCUCUACGCAUGCGGUGGCUAUUCGGAAAAUAAUCGAGAAACAACCAAUGCAUGCUAUCGAUUCGACCCGCGAACAGGUCUCUGGUCGGAAAUCGCUCGACUCUGUGAAAAAAGACAAUUUUUCUCAUUAGCUGGUUCUAAUGAAUGUUUAGUGGCUGUCGGUGGUGUUUACGGUGACAAAGGCAACUUUUAUGCAACACAUCCAUGUUCAACAGCUAUUGAAGUAUACAAUAUUGAAAAAGACCAAUGGAGAACUUUAGCAUGCGCAUAUUUACCCAUUCUGAAGUGGCCUGGAGCGUGUGUCGCAGAAAAUUUUGCUUUUGUCAUCGGCGGAAAGCAUACGGACGGACUCAAUCAUCGUCUUUCAGAAAAUUCUUACAUGGUUGACUUAGAAUCAGGUCAAGUGACAAUUUGUGCAGCCCCAUUAACUGUACGGUUUAACCCAACUGUAUUUUAUCAGAACAAACGUCUGAUUUUAUUUGGUGGUGAAGAUGACAAAUACCGUCUCGCACCUUGCAUUGAAAUGUACGAUUUAGCAACGAACCAAUGGACAGAAAUCGCGACAAUACCUGUUUCGCAUUCAUAUCAAUGUAUAUCAAGUUCGUCUAUCAUGGGAGAUAAAAUACAUUAUCUCUUGGAAGAACAUGAUGGUCCGUCAAGUGAAUCCUAUAUUCUCAAGUCAUCCUACUUCGAUAUCGAGAAACGAACGUUUGAACGAAGUGUUCAAUUACCGCAUCCAUCAACAUUGGCAAGUAAAUGGUGUUCACUGGUCUUUCCUCAACAAUUUCUUGAUGGAUGUCAAACAUUUGACAAUCAUGAAUCGCACAAUCAUCACCAUCAUCAUCAUCACCAUCCACAUUAUCAUCAUUAUCCGUUGGAUGAUGCACCUCGACAUAGUCUAGGUGAAACAUCUAGUGGGGGUGAUGUGUCAUCGAGUGGUACGAAUAGUGCCAGCAACAGUCCAAUGAUCUAUCAGCGACAUCGGUAUUAUCCAGAACAUCAUCAUCGUACUUGCUCAAAUUAG